CAGUCAUUCGUACGAAGUUUGAAGCUUACAGUAUAUAGCUGCGCAAACCAUCACAUUCGCUCUGGCAGCUUACCUGGACCUUUGCGCAGCUUCUCCUCACCUAGCGAACCUAGCCCUCUGCUAUUCCUAUCUGUAUGGCACGCGGAACCCUGACAAUAGCCAUUGCCGCAUUGCUGCUCCAGGUUCUUCCUCUGGUAGCUGCCCACGGCGACGAGCAUCAUGGCGAGACCAUGGAUAUGAGCGCGCACGAUGCGCUAGCACCGCAACCCCAGAAUGACGGACACCAGAGCUAUUGGAGUUUGUCCGAGUAUGCGACACUGAUGUACUGGCACAUUGCGCUCGAGAUUCUAGCGUGGGUGGUCAUUCUGCCUGUCGCUGUCAUGCUGAGCAUCGCUCGCUCGCGAUAUGUUCUUCUCUCUCAGUUCACGUUUCUUGUCGUCAACGCGUUGGCGCUCCUGAUUGGUGUCGUGUACAACCACAAGACCCCAGAGCUGUACGAAAACAAUGCGCACAGCAAGACCGGCUGGGCCAUUACCUGGAUCGCUUCUGCCUGGGUCUUCAUGGCGCUCAUCCAGACGUACAUGGAUCGAAGCCAGGCGCAUUUGUUUGACGAUGAGACUACACAGCCUUUGAAUGCAGCGAAUAUGGCUCAGUACCAGCGUGUAAAGGAGGAAAAUCUCGAAAGCCCCUACAGGUAUUCUAAUGACUCCGGACAAGGCACUGAGCGCAACUCAGCGUCGCUGUAUGGUCACUCUCGAUCACCUAGCGUGGAAUCAGAGAAUCAGCAGUUCCUAGGGCCAACGCGCAGAGACACGCACGACGAGCUCGAUGACCUGGAAGACGUGACUCUUGAGAAGCCAAAGUCGCGGUGGGAUAAGUUCUUCUCCCGUAACGUGGCUCGCUUCAUAGCAGGCAGGACAGCAAAGGUAGUCCGUUUGCUCUAUGUGGCGUUCGAACGCACAAUAAUCAUCCAGGGACUUGUCGCUAUUCUUACAGGCACGGUUGUGUAUGGCGGCAUCGCACAUGGAGGUGCAGUGUUCAACGUCUUAGCCCACUACAUCAAGGGCGGCAUCUUCUUCGUUUACGGCUUCCUCACACUCGGUCGCUGGAUGGGCGCAUUCGCUGAUCUGGGUUGGGCGUGGAACAUGAAGCCCUUGGGGGAUGUCGUUGGUCGUCGCAAGGCCAGUCUGCCGUCCGCCGAGUUCACCGAGUCGUUCGUCAUCUGGUUGUAUGGUUGCACCAACGUAUUCCUCGAACACCUCGCAGCCUGGGGCGAUGAAUGGACAGCGCAAGACCUGGAGCACGUUUCGAUAUCAGUGUUGUUCUUCGGUGGUGGUCUGCUGGGCAUGAUCAUCGAAUCGACCAAAAUGCGCGAACUUCUCAACAGCGCCGUCGUAACAACCUCGCACGGUCAGGAUGACUCAUGGCAGCAGCCCCGCCAGUACAACUUUUCCAUGAACCCUAUGCCCGCACUCAUCAUCCUGCUCCUUGGCAAGAUGAUGAGCUCGCACCACCAGGCUUCCAUGCUGUCAACUAUGGUUCACAGCCAGUGGGGCAGCAUGUUCAUGGGCUUCGCGCUGGCACGCUGCCUCACGUACAUCGUUAUGUACAUUGCGCCGCCGACUUCGUACCUGCCGUCUCGCCCACCGACGGAGAUCAUCACCUCUUUCUGUCUGGUCGCUGGCGGCAUCACCUUCAUGGUCAGCAACAAGGACACUGUUGCAGCGCUGGAGUCGUACGGACUUGAUGCCAUGUUCACAUUUACCGUGACUAUGGGCCUGACGGCGCUCCUGUUGGCUUGGACCACGGUCGUGAUUGCGAUCAAGGGCUGGGCCCUCCGUGUUGAGGGCAGAAGCCAGUACGCGAAGGGUCGCGCUGGUGUGCUGGCCUAAGUAUUGCACUUACGGACAGGCCGAAUGAUGUCAGCCAGCCACGACCAUGCUGGCUGGUGAUCAUGAUGGUCAUGAUUAUCAUCGUUGUUUUUCCUUUCUCUUGCGACCUUACGUCCUUCUAUGAUACCACUGCAGUAUACCCCUCUCCUG